AAGCAGUUUCUGGAGCCUGAGCUCAGGUCUGAUCAGCUGAGGAGUUCAGAAUGAGGAACAUCUCAAAUGUGCAACAAUAGGAGGCUCCAGGAACAGUUUGGAAACCAUCGCAGCCAAGCGUGACGUUAAUGAACUCUCCAUAGAAACAGCACGCCCACACCAGCGUCUGUGUUAGUGUUUGUCAGAUAGUGAGCGAGUCUUUCAGCUUAUCUGUGCUUCUACAGAAGGUUUAUAUGACGCUUUUCAGAGAGGUGCAGGACCAUGGUGGGAACGUUAAAUGAAUUAGUCCAUCUGAGUAACACGAGGUUCGGUCGACCCCGGCCCAGACACGGACUCAGACUCCUCUACUGGUUUGCCAGUGAAUGUGUCUCUUUUGAAAACCACAGCAUGCUCUCUGAAUGUGACCCAGCCGAGGGAGAUUUUGGGUUUCACUAUUUUCAGAACAGAUACGACCAAUAUGGGAAUAAACUUCUUCCAGACGAGGAUUUCUCUUACUAUGUGGUUGGCAAUCUAAAUUCACCAGGAGCUGAAGAUCUUCCCGAUUACGUCUCAGAAGACAAAUACACUGAGGAGCACGACAGCAACACGGAUCGCAUCAUUGUCAGUCUCGAUGAGGAGUGCUUUCAUCGGGUUUAUGUGACUCAACACCACGACCGAUCCAACUACGAUCCAGACGCCACUUACCGGAUCUCCAGAGGCCUUCUCAUGAUCAUCAGGAUGAGUUUAUAUGCGUUUCUGGUGGAGAUGGGUUAUUAUUCAUACAUACAGUACGUCCCACCAAUGCCUGUCAUUAAUUACAGACCUCAAACUACCAACACAGUCAGUUCAGAUCUCACUGCGGUCACUCUAUCCUCCAGUGAACCAGCACACAAUGAGCCUCCUGCAGCACAGAACAACGACACCAUAAUCCAGUUACACGACGACACGCCUGCGCAAGAACCCUCACCCAAGAAGAAGGGGUUCUGUGAAAGAUUCUGCACCAUUCUUUAAAA